GUAGAUUAGUAAGCGAGCGUCUGUCCUCGCGACGCUUCACACGCGCGUUUUGCUCCUCAAAGUUUCGACUUUCCCAUCCGUUUUCAAAAGAUUCCCAGGACACACAACUGAUUUAACCUACAAGCAAAUUAAGCUCCUUUCUCCCUCGCCUCUUGGCAACCUGACUCGCUUUUAUAUCAUUGUGUUUUUUUAAAUUUCUAUUUUAUUUUUAUUUUUUUUCUCCCAGUGGACGGGAAGGCAUCUUUUCGGUUUUCUGUUUUGUUAAUUCAGCUCCAGGCUGAGUGAAAGUUUUAACUGCAGGUUUUGAGUUGCAGAGAGUCCAGGUGGGCGGAAAAAGACCCCGACUCCACGACAGCAGUUGGCAGGAUGGAGGCCCGACUGACGGAUCAUCUAACGACUACAUUCUUCACCAUCAUCCUCCUCUCAGUGGGUUCAUGUGAAAAUGACCUUUUCCUGAAGUUUUGCGGAACCUGGCGCCAUGGCAAGAACCCGCUGAGCCUGAACGUCGGGCUCUCUACGGGCUGUGACAAGCUCAACAUUUCAGCCAAUGAGAGCUCUCUGUCUAUCAGCGGGAAGAUCACCUCCCAGUGUACAAGGUUCGAAGAGAUUCCUCUCAACAAAUACAAGCUUGAUUCAGAGGAGGACAUGGAUUUCUGUGUACACUGGGAGCCGCUGCUGGAUCAGCUGACGCUUCAGCUGGGAGGCCUGGACUUCAUUUUGUGCAAGCCUACAAGUUCACCUGACUCCUGCUGCACCGAUCUGACUGAUGAUAGCAAAGAGCCUGUUGCAGAGCAUGGCAUCGCCCAUGGAAAGAUCCGAACCGAUGUCAUCAAAACUGAAACGGUCACCGGCUACUGCUUCAGAGGAGAGAUCAGCGCCUGCAAAAAAUUAUGUGAACAAGCAAAGCGGCCCGGCAGUGAAUGGCCCAAGACGUUCAAUCUUCCCUGCGCUUCAAAAUCUGAACAUGAGCUGAAAAAAGACUUCAGUGGCACUAAUCUGACAUCUGAAUUUUUUCCAUCUGCACCCACGGUCUAUGUUCCCUCUGCUGUGAAACCAGCCACACAURAAAGCAAAGUGGUCGUCACCUUCUACAAAAACAACCCCCUGUUUCAGGACGGACCUAAGAAGGCCAAGCUUCUCAACGACGUGGUGGAAAUCAACGUAGGGAAUGAGAUCAUCGCUGAUCUUCCUGAGCCAAUAAGACUGGACUUUACCCAUGAYGUCAUACCUAAAAACUACACAAGGAUAUGUGUCUCGUGGGACACUCGAAAAGAUUCRUUGAUGGUAAACUGGUUGAAGGAUGGAUGUGAGACUAAAGUGAAAGGMUCAAAACACACAGAGUGUCUGUGUAACCAUAUGACCUACUUUACUGUGCUGGUGCAACCAAAGCUUCAACCAGUGCGCCACCUGCUGGCCCUCACAGCCAUUUCAUCUGUGGGCUGUGCUUUGUCCUUCGUCAGCUGUGUUGCUCUGAUUGUUUUUUUCUGCAGGAAAAGGAAACGAUCAACGGAACAAUCCAUGUUCAUCCAUCUGGGUUUAGCUGUGUCCCUGGCCUUCCUCAGUCUGCUCUUUUUCUUGACUGGGGUCCUGGCUAAUGUGGGUGGGGAGAACCUGUGCAUCUGGGUAGGGGCUUUACUCCACUACGCCACGCUCAGCUCCCUCACCUGGAUGGGCGUACAAGUGUUCCACACCUUCUGGUUGGUCUACGUGGUCUUUAGACCCUCCCCAAAGCCCUACGUAUGGUACCUGAUCGGCUUUGGUCUCCCACUGGUUCCCGUUGUUACCCUGGCUGCAGUGGGAGGUUUUUAUGGCCUGACAGAGGUGGUACCAGCUGAUGAUGUCACCAAUCCUUAUCGCAUGUGCUGGAUGAAAAUGGACGCCUACAAGACCUUCCUGGCUAUCUGUUUCACCAACAUGGCAGUCUUGGCCAUCCUGUUGACAUCAGGGGUCGCUAUGCUCUUCUUUGUUUACCGGGAGAUCCGAACCAGGGACGAAUGGAAGCAGAACCGCGUGGCUUUUCUCAGCAUCUGGGGUCUCAGCUGCCUCUUUGGGACAACCUGGGGUCUGGCCUUCCUGAACUUUGGACCCCUGUCAGACUUUGUCCUCUUCCUCUCCUGCAUCCUCAACUCCUUUCAAGGUUUCUUCCUGAUGCUGAGGUUCUGCAUGCUGGACUGGAUCCGGAAACAGGCUAACGGCUCUGUUCUCGGUAGCACCAGCUCCGGAUCAACCAGGCAACACAUGCUGCAGGCGUAUGAGAAGAGUUAACCGGACUGAGUAAAGAUGGAGGGCAGAGGCUGCAGCCGUCUU